AUGUUUACAGCAAUUUUUAUAGAAACAUCAGGAGCUGCUGUGAGACCUGUCCUUUCUCUCUUCCCAAACUGGAACCCAAUACCCAAAGGAGAGUCUGUAACUUUGACCUGUAAUGUGACUCCUACUGCCCAAGAGAACCUUCAAUUUUCCUGGUACAGGGAUGGACACCGGAUACCGGGGAAUCAGCAGAGUCUUUUAGUUCAGUUGGGCAAUGUGACGGACAGUGGGGAUUACCAGUGCCAGGCUGGUGGCAGCAACAGAAGUGAAUUAGUCAGACUGGAUUUUAAGUCUGGUUGGCCCAUCCUACAGGCGCCCCCUGUUGUCCAUGAAGGGGAUUUCCUAUCUCUUAGAUGUUAUAGUCGGCCUGGAUAUGAUAGAAAGAACACAGUAUUUUACAAGAACAAUAAGAUCAUUGGGUCUCCAGUCAGUGAGUCUGAGUUACACAUAGGAAGAGUGGAUGUUACUGCGUCUGGUAGAUACAGAUGUGAACAAGAAGUAUAUUAUCCUGUUAGUAAUAAUUAUCAACAUUUCGGAGAUGAACAAUUGGUUUCAGUCUCAGAGCUCUUUUCUUAUCCGCAAGUAAAAGUGAGUCCAAAUCCAGUGACAAAGGGAAAUCACAUGACCAUAACAUGUGACACAAAGCUCAGCCCACACAGAGAGACUACAGAGCUACAGUUUGUUUUCUACAGAAAUGGGCACAAUGUGCAGGGAUUCAGUUUAUCCAACCAAUAUGGAGUCCCCUCAGCUCAGCUGGAGGAUUCUGGGAAUUAUACCUGUGAGGUACAAACGCCAACUGGUAGAGUGAGGAAGAGGAGUUAUGUGUUAUAUAUCCAGAUACAGGAAUUGUUCGCCACCCCACAAAUAAAAGUGAGCUCAGAUCAGGUGACAGGAGGAGAUCACAUGACCAUAACAUGUGACACAAAGCUCAGCCCACACAGAGAGACUACAGAGCUACAGUUUGUUUUCUACAGAAAUGGGCACAAUGUGCAGGGAUUCAGUUUAUCCAACCAAUAUGGAGUCCCCUCAGCUCAGCUGGAGGAUUCUGGGAAUUAUACCUGUGAGGUACAAACUACAACCGGCAGUGUGAGGAAGAGGAGUGAUAUUAUUACUAUCCAGAUACAGGAGCUUUUUACUGCUCCAGAAAUAAAAGUGAGGCCAGAUCAGGUGACAGAAGGAGAUCACGUGACCAUAACAUGUGACACAAAGCUCAGCCCACACAGAGAGACUACAGAGCUACAGUUUGUUUUCUACAGAAAUGGGCACAAUGUGCAGGGAUUCAGUUUAUCCAACCAAUAUGGAGUCCCCUCAGCUCAGCUGGAGGAUUCUGGGAAAUAUACCUGUGAGGUACAAACUCCAACCGACAUUGUGAGGAAGAGGAGUAACAUGACUCUUAUCGGGAUACAGGGUGAGCAGAAGUGACUAUAACUAGUAAUA